UUAAGAUUGGCAACAGUUGGAACAUUCUAUUAUUAUUAAGUGUUCGAUUAUAUGUCUAUGAUUGUUCGAUAAGAGAUAGAAUGUAAUUUUUAUUUUAAAUAGAGAAAAAGAAUUCAAUUACAUGAUGAUGUCAUCUAAGGCACCUCGCAAAUUGAUUAAGAAUAUGAGAGGUUCUCCAAUACGAAAGGAACACAUGAUGAAGAGACCGGGUCGCUCAGGUUCCCCAAUAAGAAGUUCUGGGAACUCUAGACCUCCUAUAAAGCACCUGUCACCAGGAAUGAAGAGAGGACAUCUUAUAUCAUCUUCUAGUAAAAGUAUACAUCCAUCAAGAAUGCGGUCUAUAACUUCUCCUCCUCGUAGAUCUGUCCCACGUCAUAGCAUGCCAGGCUCUCCAGAUUCCAUGGACAGAAGUCGUAGUUAUAAGAGAUCAAAAUAUGAAAAAAGAAAAGGUCCAUCAAUUUCACCAGUGAGACAUCCUUCAUCAUUACCUAUUCCUCAUGAUCGGCGUGAUCCGUCACCAUAUCAGGAUAGCAGGUACUUAAAUACUAGAUCAGUACCUCACAUUAGUCCUCAUGAUCGAUUGGAACCAAUACCUCCGAAGAAAAAAAUACGACGAGAGCCUGAUAGAUUUCCUCGCAGCCCAAGUCCUGGUAUACUGCGCAAGUCUUCAAAUGAGAUACCUUUCAUAUCAGAUGGCGGAAUAGCUCUUCGAAGUGAAAUAAGUCCUCUGCCCUCAGCCAUGCCAAUGAUUUCUCGUGGCUACUUGCCAGUCUCUGGGCAUAAUGAAAGGGUUGAGCGCAAUUACCGUACACAGCAUAGUCCUUCUCCAGUGCCAAACAUUCAGUCAAAAAGACAACCUCCUCCAAUGAAGAGUGCUUACGAGACUGCUGUUGCCGACAGAUACAAAGCUGAUAUUCCUAGCUCUGGAUUUCCAUCAGGAAGUGAUAAAAAAUACAAUCUGACUCUACAUGAAAGAUUUAGCACUGUUGAAAGUGAGCCUCGCAUCAGAUACUCAAGAGAAGAUUUAGAAAAAAUAACGAUAGAUAUCCGACGAAACAUACGAGAGCCUUCACCGACCCUGCGUCAGAUUGUCAACCCAAGUGAUGUUAAAUUAGUCAGGCGUGCUAAUGAAGGUCACAGACCUAUAUUUGAUAGAGAAGAAAUUAAGCAAGCUCCAAGAGAUAUGAGAGAAGAUGCAUAUUUUGAAAAGAAGACUACAUCAAGCGAUAAUAGAUCAUACCAACAAUCACAUUCCAUGGGUUUUAGAGAUGUUGAGAAUUAUGAAAUUACUCGACAUAGAUUUGAUGGUCAUCCUCCACCAUUUCAAUCUUCUAGUAACCGUCCACUCAGUGAAAGGUGGCAAGGUUCUGAUGGAAAAAAAGAUAGUGGCCCUUUGGAUCAAGAUGACAGAAUGUAUGAAAAAAAUCAACCUAAAAAAGGCUAUGUUGAAGUGAGAAACCGAUCAAAGUCACGUGACAGGGAUUUUCGAUCUGAAAGAUAUACUGGUAAGAUCAAAAGUAAAAAUAGAGAAGUAUCACAUGGUAGACCAGAAUAUAUUGAAAAUCGCAGUCAUGGACCACCACCAUCUGAAGUAAGAGCACAGAUCAUUCGCAAAGAAGCACACCAUGAAACUCGAAGGUUAGGUAUGAAGGAAAGCAGAGGUUUGUCUCCUCCUCCACGCUCUGAAUCAAGAAGUCAUUUAUAUCCUGUACCUGAUAAAAGAUAUCCUGAAGGCAUAUCAAGAAUGAAUAAACAUAGCAUGAGACGUUCCCGCUCACCAGGUAUGGAUUCACGCAAGUACAGACAAAGAAGCAGAUCUAGAGACGAUAAAAUUCCAGAAUAUUCCCGUAAACCAGAUAAAUAUCCUUUCAAAUCAUGGCCAGAUAAACGAGAUUCCUCUCCACCAGGACCAUCCUAUUUUGCGCCUAAUAAAGAUUUGUCCCCACCACCUUAUCGAGGACGUAGUAGCUCUAGACCUUUCCGUGGUUCAAGAGGUUUUCGUGGAAGAGGAUUCAGAGGAUCGCCGAGGGGUGGUUUUCGAGGAAGAGGUUCUUUCCGUGGCUCUCCAAAUGCAAGGGGUAGAGGAGGACCUCGUAGAGGAAGAUUCUCUCCACAUUUAUGGGAACAUGACAUGUAUCGACUGUCUCCUGAUCGCAAAUAGGACUAUUCUCAGAUGUGCACCAUUGCUCGAUCAAGUAUUCUGUUAUUUCAUGUAACCUAGAUAUUUACAGCUUUUUAUUAUUCAUCUUGUCAUUAAUUUGUUACUUCAUUAAUUCCAAAAUAAAAAUGUUGUUACUAA